AGGCUCGUCCAGAGACACUUCAAAACCGCUGGCUGUGUAAUGUCUUUACUUUCCCCCGCCACGCGCUCCCUGUCGCACUGACGUAGCGUUAAGAAGGCAGGACGCGCAGCGCAAUUGGGAUAGAAAUGCAGCUCUCCAACGUCCCAAAUUACUUUAAUCUCUCCCCGUUUAGGAAAUUACAGCCCUACAAUCUGUUUAUUCUGUCAAGUUAUUAUCCGUGAGAAUUCGCUUUUUUCGCCAUGAGCUGCUUGGAUGUUAUGUAUCAAGUGUAUGGUCCACCACCUCAGCCUUAUUUUUCUGCAGCAUAUAGCCCAUAUCAUCACCAGAAAUUGGCAUUUUAUUCCAAAAUGCAAGAAGCGCAAGAGAGCAUCAGCGGGAGCAGCUCGUUCUCGAACCUCGCGGGUCCGACGAUAAAGGAGGAGGACUGCGCGCGCGAGAAAGAUCACCCUCCGGAGGCCGAGUACCUGAACUCGCGGUGCGUGCUCUUCACCUACUUCCAGGGGGAYAUCAGCUCAGUGGUGGACGAGCACUUCAGCCGGGCCCUCAACCAGCCCACCAGCWACGUCCCCGGGUCGGUCAGCAACAAGUCCAUACGAGAUGGAUCAUUCCCGAUGAGCCAGAGGAGUUUCCCUCCGUCCUUCUGGAACAGUGCGUACCAGCCCUCCUCCAUGAGCAGUGCCUUAGGAGCCUCCCACUCAGAGAUACCCUUCCCUGGGGACCCUUACUCCUCCGCCACCCUACACAGCCACCUCCACCAUGCUACCCCAGAGCCCUGGCACCACUCACACCACCACCACCACCACCACCCCUACUCACUUGGCGGGGCCAUCGGCACCCAGGGCUCCACCUACCCUCGACCCAGCAUGCACGAGGUGUAUGGCACGCACUUUGACCCCCGCUACAGUUCUCUGCUGGUGCCCUCCGUACGGCCGCUCCGGCUCCCUCAAUCCACUGUCCCCGGGCCGAGCGCCUCACCGUGUGACAUUGGGAAGAGUGAGCCAACCAGCUCAGCCUGGACCGGGACCUUCACCGGGGCAGGGGCAGACAUCAGCCAGAGCAUCGGCCUCAAUGUAGACGCAGGUCUGCAGGCCCAGGAUAAGAGCAAGGACUUGUACUGGUUUUAAAGCUCUGCUGCCCUCCAGGCUUGAGCUGGCCUCUGUGUUUCUCUGCACUGUGUGAUAUUGACAGACAUUUUCUGUAACAGAUUCUAAUCUCACUUGCAGCUCGAAGCUACACCCUCUGUGGCGGAAAAAUCCUCAGCUGAAAUUACGCCAUUGUGGAUACCAUCUGCUGGAAAUGCAGUGGACAAGGGAGAGAAUCUAAAACUGAGUCUCUCCUACUUAAGAGAAAGGAGUGCAGGACUUGCUGGACAGCAUGCCAGAAAUACUAAGUGUUGUGACUGACAACUUUUAUCUGGCCAAGACUGAACACUUUCAACUCCUCCAAAGAGGACACUUGUUGAAAAAUAAAACAAAUAUGGUGAAUGUGUGAAACUGGAACAUCAAAAAUGAGAUUUGACAAGAGCAUAGUCAGAGACUGGACAAACAUUAUUUGCCAUUGUUGUUUUUCUAUCCGUGAAAGGAGAGGAGCAAGAGAGAGGAGCAUUCUCUAACAUGACUGAAGUGAGCACUGGCUAUUUGAAGCCACUUGACUCUAUCUAUAUUGCUCCCCAGCAGCUGUCAACGACAACUGUUUCAGAACUCAACGGACACACACAAUCGUAGUGUCACUGCACAGUGUUUGACGGGGGCUCCGGACUUCAUAAAAGGAGCAUUUUGUCAAAUCUGAACCCCGACCCACAGGGAACAACUGGUUUGACUGGUGAUUUUGAGGGGGAAGGGUGGACAGGUGGUAGCAGAAGUGGACACACACAACUGUGCUAUGUAUGUAUGUCUGUGUGUGAUCUAUGGGCAGCUCUAUACAUGUGUAGGAUCUUAAUUUGAUCACCCUGUUGCAGGAUCACUUUUUUCUAACUUGUAGCGUAUGUGUGGUUUUAAAAGGCUUCUGAAAUUUGUAAUUUCCACUUUGAAAUUUCAGAGUUGAUUUUCUCUUAUGAAAAAUUGAUCAAUCCCUACACUAAUGUCCAUUAAUUAUAAUCCACAUAAUAAUUCACAUUUCCACAUUUCCACAUUUUCUGGCUCAAAUUAAGAUCCUACAUCUGUGAUAAUGUUGUAUUUAAGAUUUGGAUCUUUAUAAACUUAUUCCUCAAUGUUUUUCAGUCAUCCCAGGUAUUUUGCAAAGUCAAACGAUUACCCAUUGAAUAUUGUAUUGUGAACAUAUUAAUAUAUUGCCUUUUAAAGUAUUUUUUCUUGAUACAGUUCUGAUGUAAUGUCAAUGUGUUGCCUGUAACUAUAAAGCAACGGCACAAUGUGAUUAAAACUCAACUAUAGGCUCUGACUGUUUAGGCGAACAUGUACACGGCAGAUAUGGGUGAUCUUUAGAAAAUACAAUUUCAUUGACAGUCCGAUUGAAAAGUAUUAUGUUUGAUGAUGUGUCAGUCUAUUAUUCUGGUUAAUUUCUUCAAUGAUAUUAUAUUGUACAACAUCCA